AUGGCCGCCCCACCAUCAGCAUAUAAAGACCGUCAUUUGCUCGCCGUCAUAGGUGAUGAGGACUCGGUCACAGGUCUCCUACUUGCAGGCAUUGGCCACGUCAACUCCCCACCCGACGCCCAAAAAAAUUUCCUCGUCGUUGAUGCAAAGACGGAAACGUCAAUUAUCGAGCAAACUUUCGAUACAUUUACGCAGAAGAGGAAGGACAUCGCUAUUCUGUUAAUCAAUCAGCACGUAUAUCUCCCAACCCCGAUCAAGGCAUGGCCACACAGAGUGAGAAGGAGGCCAAGCGGCAAAACGGGGACUCCGGCGACGAAAUAG